GUUAGUUACAAAGCCCUACAAAAUGAGACCGUUUCCAGAAGGGAGAGAAAAGGAAAGGGGGAGUGAGGCCUACAGAAGUCUACCGCUUGCCCUAUCCCUCCAUUUUUCACUUCCGCUCCGGGUUCACUUCCAGACAGAGGAAAGGGCAGGAGGUCGACACUUCCGCCAGCCUCUCUCUCCCCCACUCCCCCUGCGGAAAUUAGAAUUGAGGUGUUUUUUUUUUCCCUUCCCGACUGACAGAAACAAACAUGGCGUCUCUAGGGUCGCGCGAAUUUCACUUCCGGGGCGGAGCGACAGGACUUUGGCGCGAAGUUUCAUCUCGCAGGAGGAAGAGGGAAGCCCCGCCGCGCCGAGUCUCAGAUUGACGGAUUCUUGUUUUUUUUUCCUGCCGAGUUUCGUCGGGCUUGAAAGAAUGAAUUGCAGCCCCUCGUGGAGGAAAUCUUAUCCGCGUAAAGAUACCCUAAACACAAGAAGUCGGGGAAAACGCAUCUAUUCGUGGAUUGGCAAGGCUAUAUCUACAGACAAAACAUUGCAGAUCUCUCAUUAUAGGGGAAUAUCUAUUAAUAAAAAAGAUAUCAGUGACAUCUGUAUUUUCCCUGGAGAGUUUAUUUUUAUAGAAGAAGAAAAAUAUGAUGAUUUUUUUGUGGCAAGACUCUUACAACUAUAUGAAGAUGGUGCUCAGAAAAAGCAUGCAAUUAUUGAGUGGUUUUCUCGUUUUGAAGAAAUACCAUUUGGACUCCGAAAUAGUUUGGGACAAAAAAAUUCACAGGAGAUAUUCUUGAAUGAGAAGACUAACUGGGAUACUGAUAUAUUUGUUUCAUCUAUUAUUGGUAAAAUUAUGGUUAUUCCCUUGUCACCAUGUGAACCAUUGCCUAUUGAAGUAAAAGAUAAGCAAGUUAUGUUUGUAAGGAAAUCGUGGGAUGGAAAAAAGUUAAAGCCAUUGAGACCCAAUUUACUGGCAGAAUUGAAAAAUUCUGUUAAACUAAAGAAUGAUAUACAUUUUGCAACUGAGUGCACUCGGACUCCCUCUCGCUCACUGGAAGAAGCAACUGAAAAUGUCACUUGGAGUAAUAAAAGCAGUGCAGAAGUAAAAUUGAGACAUUCAGCUGCUAAGUCUUCCUUGUUUAAGCAGAGAUAUUCCCCCAAACUGGUCAAUGGAGACAUCGCUGGAGCAAAGAAAAGAUUACAGCUAAACACACCUACAAAAUCUACAAAUAUGCUUGCAGUGCAACAAGAUGUGCUUGAACUUCUAGACUGUGGUUUGACUGAAACUCCUCAACGAUCACCCCUUAAAAGAAAAGUAACAUUUACCGGCAUUAAAGGUUCUCCUAAAAAAAUAUCUUGUGUUUCUGAUGAGGAAGAUUUGCUUUCAGAUAUAAAACCACUGGAUGAGCAUCCUGAAAGAACUACAACAAAUUUACUAACUUUGUGCCAGAGGAUUCAAGAUUCCAGCCUGAAAAUUAGCAGUUGUGCUGUGACACAAAGUGGCAAAGGUUUAGAUGAAGAGUGUGAGUUGGAAACAAGGAAUCCAGUGAUGACUCCACGUUCACGCAGAAAAUGUGCACAAGUGACUGCUGCUCGAAUUGCAAAGCAACUUCGUAUUUUGAAUCCAGCUAGAGAUGAAGGCAAGGGUAAGAAGUGUCUUAGUCCCUUGGAAACUUCUGAUUCAGAUAGCAGUGAUGAAGAAGACAACAAGAAGCUUCAUACACCUAAAAGGCAAACAAAAUUCAUUCCUCCCAAGUUCUCAAAGAACCAAUCCAUGGGGACACCUGCCAAGGAUCCAAGGAAUAGUUCUAAACCAAGUACUCCAAAAACUCCACGCAAUGCUACCCCAAGAAUACGCAGCCGAAAUCAGACUGCACAGAAGCCAGUCAAUGUGCUAGAAGAAGCAAGAAUGAGACUGCAUGUGUCUGCUGUCCCAGACGCUUUGCCCUGCCGUGAAAAGGAAUUCCAGGAUAUCUGUAACUUUAUAAAAAGCAAGCUCCUUGAUGGUACAGGAGGAUGUAUGUAUAUUUCUGGAGUUCCUGGAACAGGCAAAACCGCAACAGUCCAUGAAGCUAUUCAUUAUCUUCAGCAGGCAGCAGAAAAUGACGAGAUACCAGUUUUCCAGUUUAUAGAGAUUAAUGGAAUGAAACUGACUGAUCCCCACCAAGCCUAUGUGCUCAUUUUAAAGCUGCUGACAGGCCAGAAGACAACUGCCAAUCAUGCAGCUGAACUUCUGAAAAAGAUGUUUUGCACACCUGGAUCUAAAAGGAAAACUUUAGUACUUAUUGUGGAUGAGCUUGAUCUUCUAUGGACUCGAAAACAAAAUGUAAUGUACAAUCUCUUUGACUGGCCCACCCAGAAAGAUGCCAAGCUAAUUGUCUUGGCCAUUGCUAACACUAUGGAUUUGCCAGAAAGAAUGAUGAUGAAAAGAGUAGCCAGCAGGCUGGGCCUCACCCGAAUGUCUUUCCAGCCAUACACCUACAAGCAGUUACAACAAAUCGUUUCAUCCAGGAUCAAUCAGUUAAAAGCAUUUGAAGAGGAUGCAAUUCAGUUCAUUUCUAGAAAGGUUGCAGCUUUGUCUGGUGAUGCAAGACGGUGCCUUGAUAUCUGCAGAAGGUCCACUGAAAUCUGUGAACUUAAUUGCAAAAGAGGCGUUUCUGGAUUAGUCAACAUGGCACAUGUUAUGCAAGCCGUGGAUGAAAUGUUCUCAUCUCCAUAUAUAAAUGCAAUUAGGAAUGCUUCACUGCAGGAACAAAUAUUCUUGAAAGCCACAAUUGCAGAAUUUCAUAGGUUAGGACUGGAAGAAGCUACAAUUCAGCAGAUAUUUCAUCAGCACAUUGGUCUAUGUAGACUUGAAGGCCUGCCAACACCUACUGUAUCAGAUAUAAUGGCAAUUUCCUCCCGACUUGGUGCUUGUAAACUUUUGCUGGCAGAAUCUCAUGCCAAGUACCUCAGCAUGCGAAUUCGACUCAAUGUUAGCCAGAAUGAUGUCAUGUAUGCACUCAAGCAAGAUUAGAAUGCCAAAAAUACUAAAUUUUAAUAAGUCUUAUUUUAAAUAAUGAUGCUGGUGAAAUUUGUUUUUAAACUUGUUUUAGUUAUUUUUAUAGAGUUUAUAAUUAUAACUUCUUUAAAAAAUAAUCCAGUUGUUCAUACUCUCAUUAUAACUCUACACUAUAAUAUACCUCUACUAUAAAUCUAUUAUCAGUUGUUGCAGCUUAGUUAAAAAUUGGUUUUAUCCCAAUUCAUGUUCAUGCAAAUUCACCUUAUCCCAUGUUUAGUUAGUUUCCAAAAUACUGUAUUCAAAAUAUUAGGCUUAUACAAACCACUGGAAAGAGAUUCAUUGCAAAGCAUAUUAGUUGUCUUCUAAACUACUAUUCUAAUACUGCCCAGAGAGGUGGUGAUCGUCUUUGAGCAGCAUUGCAAAUAAUCCAUCAGUUUUAAUAUUUUGAAAAAUGUUUUGUUCAUGAUAACUAUACUUUGCAAAGUACUUCUUCCAAUUGCUUUUCCAAAGUUUACUAACUAUUCUUAACUAGUUUUGAUUAUUGCAAACCUAUUUAUACCUUUGCUGGAAAUGAAAUGCUAGUGGUAAUUUAAAGUUUAGUGCCAGUUUGGUGUAGUGGUUAACACUUCAGGCUAAAAUUAGUAAACCACAAAUUCUAGUCCCGCCUUAGCCACAAAGCCAAUUGGGUGAACUUGGGCCAAUCACUUUCACUCAGCCCUAGGAAAGAAGUAUGGCAAACUACUUUUGAAAAAUCUUGCCAAGAAAACUGGGACUUGUCCAAGCAGUCUUCAAGAAUUGGACAUAAUUGAAUAUAAGUAAAAAAGAGUUUAUCAACUGAAAUAUGGAAAACUUUAAUAAAUCAAAGGUAGAAAGUGUAGAAAAGCAUAUCAUUCAAAAGUAUUCAUCCAAUCAUGAUUUGCAUUGUAUUUUAAUUAAACCUGAAAUGUUUUUUCUAUGUAGUAUGGUCAAUAGAGGGCAGUGCAACCUGUAAUUCAUUGAUUUUCUUUUGGCCAGAAACCAGAACAUCCCAAAUAUUCAGGUUUUAUUUAGGUCCAGUUGUGGCUGAUCCAGAAUUGUUUGGUAGAACUUCCAGCACAUAAUUAUUUCUUUUUUGGGGGGGGGGAGAGGAUGCUUUUAAUUUUAUACACAUUUCUAUAGAAAAAAAUAUAAAAAUCUAAAUUAAAACUAAUCAUAAUUUUUGUAAUUGAUUAUUUAAAAAGGCUGAUAGGGUGAUGGAAAAUUUUUAAUGCAUUUAAAAAUCAGCUAGGAAAAUUAAAACUAAUCAUAAUUUUUGUAAUUGAUUAUUUAAAAAGGCUGAUAGGGUGAUGGAAAAUUUUUAAUGCAUUUAAAAAUCAGCUAGGAAAAUAAAAGUUACCGAGCAUGGAAAGAUCCAAUAACUCAAAAACAUACAACAAAAUGCUUCCUCGUCAGAACAUUUUAAGUACGUGCAACUAACUACUCUGGAAAUAAUAACAUCUUUGAUAACCUGCUAUUUACAAUGUUUAAAUGUAAUAUCAAGACUUUGAUUAGUCUGAUAGCUAGUGCAAAUAACAAAACAAUAGUGUAUCUAGUAAUUUCAGGGAACAAACCUGCUGGUCUAGUUUGGAAGUGGCUUAAGCUCCAAGGCAAUUCUGUUUAUAAAGCACUGAAGUAAUUCAAGAGACAAUGAAAUCACUUUUCAUUCAGUUAAAAAAAUGAGGCAGCUUGUUCUUGGAUCAAGAACAGAUCUUUAGAGAAAAGUAUAGUCUAUUUCAACCUAGGUUUCACUCCAUUCAAAUGGAGUUUUAAUAGCAGUUCUCAGGUUAUUAGUCAUCAUCCAGUACAUUAUUGUCUCAAUCACUGAUUCACUAUUGACUGGAUUAACCAGUUACAUUGGUUAUUCAUUAACUAUGAAUUGUCAAGAAACCUUAAUUUCUUGGUUUACACCAAGUAUUAUGUGCAAACUAAUCAUGCCAACCUAAAAUUACAGAAACCACAUUAGGAACAUGAAUUUUGCACUCUUACCUAUAUUUAGGAGUGAGGGAGAGAGAGAGAGAUUAUGGGCCUAUUAGUGAUUCAUAUGCAGGGAUGGGCUGCUAGGAGUUUGCAGGGGUUAGGGAGAACCUCUAAGAUUCUGUGCAGUUGGGAGAACCCCCAAAUCCCACUCCUGGCUGGCCCUGUCUACCCUGCCCCUCUCA